AUGCUGCUCCCGUUAGACCAUCGCUCGUACAUCUCCGACGCCGCCAUCGGUCCGCCUCCUCGCGAACAUGUCCUUGCCGCAGAUCUAUUUAUGAAGCCGAAUUGCGAGACUUACGGGGAUGUGAAACGUGCUGUUAGGGAAAAUAGGAAACUCCUGAGGACUGCCAGGAUAAUUUUUAUGCGAAUUAGAGGCAAGAUAAAGAGUUCCACUCCCUUUGAGAACCACAAAUAUUUCCUCACACGAGUGCCUAUGAAUUGGUGUAUGAACGCCAGGAGCAAAUGUCUGAAGCCAUACCUCUACCUACGAAAAUCCAAAUCCACUCAAUGA